GCCAGCCGUGACGAAGCGGGCCGACGUUCCCGUACCAAACGAGAUUAAUAGAGAUCCGCCUGUCAGCCGGACGCCUCUCCGUCUGAGCGAGAUCCACAGCGGCUUCCAGACGGCCAGUCUUCUCGCAGAUCGCAACCUGCGUGGGCAACAACCGAUCGUGAUCGAUCGCACCGUGAUCGGCCUGUGCCUACGGAACUACACACCGCUGUCCGCAUAUGACCGUGCGAGUUUACGUGCGAGCCCGUACGAGUAUUCCGUGCACCGCGAAUCAAUCUAGUCAUCCGGCCGCGCGUUCGUGAGAGCAAAUGACCGCAACGCCGUCGCUGUGACUAAUUAGCGGUGCUCGGACCUAUUACCGCGUCGACGCGCCGAUACACCGCGUUCACCUCUCGCACAGGAUCGGCAGUAAACGCACGGAGCCCCGAUUCCGCGCCGACGUCUCUCUGCGCUCGCCGGAUCCACGUUCGCCUGGACGCGCGGGUAAACCGCGUUCGAUUCGCCACGGUCGCCGCAACUCGUACCGAUGCGAAUGAGAAUCACGAGGGGUCGGUGGGCCGUAUUCGGUGGCUUCAUCUUAGUUUGCCUCGCCAAUUUACGAUUAGCCGUCGGUGAUAAGUGUCCGGACGAAGAAGGAACGGCUCGCAGCGAGGAGACCGGGCAACAUACGUGCUGCGCGAGACACGAGAAGAAGAUCGACGUUGGAUACGGAAUCUCGGGGGAGGUGAUCCAGAUCGACGUCGGACACUGUCGCAAAGUGUGCCCGCGACACAAUAUAGACGAUCCAGGGGACUUGAGUCGGCCCGCGGUACAGAAAUGCUGCCAGGAGUCGCAUUGCCGUCCCAGCGCCGAGAAAAUGGAGAGAGUCUCGACGAUCCAGGGCGUACGCGUGAUCGAAGUGAUCGAGGCCUGCGAGUGCACGCCGGACUCCUCCUGCAGACGGGAAUCCUUGACGCAUUUGGUUCAUUCCGGCACCCCUCACCAGGCUGUGAUGGACGUCGGGGUGUGCAUGGGCCAUUGCGGUAAAGAUCUCGGAUGCAAACCUCUGAGGAACCACACGGUCAGCAUCAAGGGACCGAACGGUGACGAAGUGUACCAGGUGAUCGAGAAGUGCGGCUGCGCCGGAGCUUGUCACAAGAUGGACCACAUGGAGACCGUUCUCGACUUCAGCGAAGUCGAAAUCAAAGACGGCACGAACACGACGGACGUCUGGCCGGUGCUUCGGCAAAUCAACGUUGGACAAUGCGUCGGCACGUGUCCGGGCAACGAGACGGAAAUGUGCCUUCUGCGAAUGAAAAAGGAGCCGUCGAGAUGCUUAGCUAGUUUAUACAGGAAGCAGAACGCCUGCACCCCGGCCAGAUUCAAGGUUCACGAGUACAGGGAGACGACUCGUACACCAGGAUGCAACAGGAAGGGUCUAUGUAUCGACGAACAACAAAUUAGCGAAUCAGAUAAGAUUAAUCAGACAUUCCUCGGUCUCCAGGCGUCGAGUGAUCUCUCUACGCGUCCCGUUCGGUUCGGCAAACCUCCUGUGUCCGCCAGCAGAGAGGAAGGUGUUCCUCCCGCUUCUUCUUCCUCGCCGGCGAUCAGCAGCGCAGUUUCCUUCGCCCGGCUCGCGCGAGAACAACCGAUCCCGUCGGUGGAUCCCUCUCGACGAAGUAAUUCGGUCGAUGCACGUCGCGCGACAGUCCGCGGUAUUCUCGACGCCGGAUCAACGGAUUCCUCCCGACACCGCCGUCGCCGCGCCUCCACGACAGCCGAGCGAGAAACGAGCGCGCGCUCCGCGAUCAUCCCGGGCCGGAGAGGACCACAGACGAGGGCGAUGACGACGAGGACCACCGCGCCGUUCCUCAUCCUGGGCUUGAUGCUCCUGUCGGGAUGCUCCAUCCGCGCGAGGACGGAGGACCACGACGUACACGAGCGUCGAUCGGAAGCCUCCUGGUCCCUGGCCGAUUUCAACGAGGGCGGCGACGCGAGGCGCGACGAGGCUCUCGAGAAGCUCCAACAGGUCCUCGGUAUCCGGAGUCACGUCGAGAGGACGGGGCGUCGCAAGGUGCCGCCGCAGUUUAUGGUGGAGCUGUACAACAACGUGGCCGACCCGAGCGGUGUCACGCGAGGCAGGAACCCGUACAAUGCCAAGGUUGUCCGCAGCUUCAUCGAGAGAGACACGUCGAUGUCGCGAUUCUACUUCUUCAACAUCACGGGGCUGGAGGUGAACGAGUCCGUGCUGGAGGCGGAGCUUCACCUGUAUCGCAAGAGGGCAUCCCCGAAAGCCGCGCACCCGUCCGCCGUCGCGUCCGCUUAUUACGUGAUCAGAGUGUAUCAAGUUCUGGACGAGAGGAGCCUGGACGUGCCGGACUUGCACAGACUCUUGAACGGUCGAUACGUCGGAGCGCACGCGUCUGGCUGGCAGAUCUUCAACGUGAAGCAAGCGGUGCUCGGCUGGCUGGCGGGCGAGCCGAACCUCGGGCUGCUGGUGACGGCGUCGAAUUCGUUCGAGGGCCAGGUGAACGUGGAGUUCUCGCGGCGCAACGAGUACCACCACAGCAAGCAGCCGAUCCUGGUUCUGUUCGACGACGACGGCAGGGGUCACCAGAGCAGCAAGAAGAUGACGCCGCGCUACUACGCGUACGGCAACAACAACGAGGUGGAGGGUAGUGAGGUCGCGUACGACGAGGAGGACGAGAAGAUCGACUUGAAGGACGAGUACAACGACAAGAGCCUCGAGCGGCACGGGAUCCGCAAGGGUCAGCCGGAAGAGGCCCGGUGGGAGGGCGGGGACAGGUCGGAGUUCUUCCAGAGGCAGAAGCGAACGCAGAGGGGCGAGAGCGCGUCGGAGGACGACGUCGCCGACGGGACGUCCGGCCGUCGCCGCAGGGAAGCGUCCGGCUCGAUCAAGUAUUACGACAGGUCGUUCUCGAACGACGCGCUGUUCACCUCGAUGGACAUCUACCGAAGAGCGAUGCGCCGGGGGAGGCUGGGUAACAGGGCCCGCCAGAGGGCGGCGACUCGGCUGCGCGCGAAGAACCGCCGCGAGAAACGGUCCGCGAAGAGCCACGCGUCCGUCCAGAACGUGACCGACUGCUCGAGGCACGAGCUGUACGUGGACUUCAAGGAGAUCGGCCUGUCCUCCUCGAUCAUCGCGCCCGUCGGCUACUCGGCGUACCACUGCAAGGGCGUCUGCGAGUCGCCGCUCAGCCAGGACCAGCAGCCCACCAACCACGCGACCAUCCAGGGGAUCGUGCACAAGAUGGGCCUGGCCAAGGGCGUCGAGAGACCCUGCUGCGUGCCCACGAAGCUGCUCGGCACCAACAUCCUAUUCUACGACGACAACGAGAACGUCAUCCUGAAGGUUUACCAGGAUAUGAUCGCGGACCGCUGCGGAUGUCGUUAAGUCUUGUUGCUGUCGCUUGGAGACACUCGGGCUAAACGGUUCGAGGAAGCGAUAGAGAGGGCGUCGAGGAAGAGAUGAAUGAAUGUAUACGUGAGCGAAGAAAGAAAGUGUAUGAGUGUGUGUAUGAGUGUGUACGAGUGUGUGUAUGAGUGUGUGGGUAAGUGUGUAAUCAUGGUGUGAAAGCGAUUUCACUGCGCGUCAGUACGAGAGUCAUUCCGAGAGAUUCGCCUCGUGAUCGCCGUUUCAAUCAAUCAAGCCCUCCCCCAUCCUCCCGACUUUGUACAUAAGAACAUUCCUAAAUUCGCGUACGGUCACACGUAUCCACGAUUGGCGCGCGUCCCAAACGUAUCUUGUAUUGUCGUUAAAUUAUUACUAUAACCAGCACGCACCGAGUCAGCCGGAACUGUAUAUAAUGCUGUAUCUUAUAUGUACGUUAGAGUUAUUUAUAUUUUAAUUACGAUUGAAUAAAAACGGAUA